UGUCAGUUUGCUCACCAAGCCGGUAACGCCACAGACUCGUAAAACAAUUUAAACAUGCCGAAAUACGUAUUCACCUACUUUAAAGGAAAGGGUAUGGGUGAGUCAGUGCGUUUGCUGCUGGCUUAUGGUGAUGAAGGAUUUGAAGACCGCCGAAUAGACGCCAAGGACUGGCCGAAGUAUAAGCCAAAUACUCCAUUCGGGCAGAUGCCAUUGCUGGAGUUCGACGGCAAGACGUACGCUCAAAGUCUGUCCAUCGCUCGGUACCUCGGCAAGAAGUACGGUCUGGCUGGAGACUCCCUCGAGGAUGCUCUGGAGAUCGAUCAGAAUGUCGACCUCAUCAACGACCUUCGUGCAAGAGCUGCAAUUGCUCUCUACGAAAAAGACGAGGCUGUGAAGAAGGCGAAAUACGCUGAAUUCAACAAGAAUGACUUCCCUCACUUGUUGAAGAAUCUAAAUGAUGUCAUCACUAAGAACAACGGCCAUAUUGCCCUUGGAAAGCUGACUUGGGGAGACUUUGUCUUCGCGGGUUUAUUUGAAUACAUCAAGAUCUUGGUGGUUGUACCUGAUCUGGAGAAGAAGUACCCAGCAUUCCAGAAGGUCUUGGACAACGUUUACUCCAUUCCCAAGGUUAAGGCCUACGCUGAUGCUUUAAAUAAAUAAAAAUAAAUUAAUGGGAUAUGUAGGACAAGAUAGCAUUUUUAUGUUUGUUAAGGCAAUCUUAUAUAAACAUUUUUUACCAAGAUUUGAGUUAUUAAGAAAAGAGUUAGAG